GCGUGGCUGAGAAGCAGAUGAGCGCACGGCGGCGUCACUAGGAACCUUCGUGCUCGGGUAUUUGUGUUUCCCGCCGGACGAGUGGUGCUGGUUCCCCGGCUGGGCCAGUGCAAACUAAAGGACGCUGCAGGUCGGGGAGCAUGUCUAGCUUCUCUAGGGCGCCCCAGCAAUGGGCCACUUUUGCUCGAAUGUGGUAUCUCUUGGAUGGCAGAAUGCAGCCCCCUGGUAAACUUGCAGCCAUAGCAUCCAACAAACUUCAAGGAUUAAGUAAACCAGUAUACCAUCCUCUGAGUGACUGUGGAGACCACGUUGUCAUAAUAAACACAAGACAUAUUGCAUUUUCUGGAAACAAAUGGGAACAAAAAGUGUACUCCUCACAUACUGGCUACCCAGGUGGCUUUAGACAAGUAACAGCUGCGCAGCUUCACCAGAAAGACCCAGUAGCGAUUGUGAAAUUAGCUAUUUAUGGCAUGCUGCCCAAAAACCUGCAUAGAAGGACAAUGAUGCAAAGGCUACAUCUUUUUCCAGACGAGGAUAUUCCGGAAGAUAUUCUUAAGAAUUUAGUGGAAGAGCUUCCUCAGCCACGGAAAGUGCCUAAACGGCUGGACGAGUACACCCAAGAAGAGAUAGAGGCUUUCCCGAGAGUGUGGGCUCCACCUGAUGAUUUUCGGAUGUAGGAAAAUGGAAAUGGUCGAAAAUUACAGCAAGAGACUAACUGCUUCAGGAAGUAUUCCCGUGACCCAGGGCAGAAAGAAAACACACGAGCUCUCUGUGGGGGAACACUCAAGAAGGCCAGGCCUCAGUGGGAAAGGGCCGUAGAACAUGCUGUUUUACAGAAGUGUCUUGUGUAACCUGCUUUAAAUGCUAUAAGUGCUAAUAAAAUGCUUACUUGGUUAUCUA